AUUCUCAUAUAGUAUGAAUUUCACUUAUGUAUAAAUAGAUAUUUAAAAUAAUUAUAUCAAUGCCUCCAUAAUAUUAAGUUUUUCAUAAUUUGCGGUUUAAAAAUAAUUAUUAAAAGUAUUAUUUUUUAACAACUUAAAAAGAGAAUAAAUAAUUGAUAAUCACUAAUCCAAAACACAUUAAUACAUAUUUGUAGAAUCAUACGAUCCUACGAUCCGAUUCUACAGAUUUCGAUCCUACCCUCUCAACGAUCCUAGGUAGAUCCCGAUCCUAAUAACCUUGUUCUACCUAGUUUGUUCUCCAUUUUUCUUUUGCAUUUUGUUAUCACAUUUAAUUAUAUAAUGUUUGAUUUAGUUUUUUACAAUUUUUUUGUGCACCUUUUUCACGGAAUUGUUAUAUUUAUGGCUCCUAAAUCAGAGCACCAUCAUGAAGUCCUGUUGGUGAAGUUUUUGAUGAUCAAGGUUUACAGAACAAAAAAAGGAGUUAGAACUGCAUUUAGCAUUAUCAAACUUAAAUCUAAGACUGUAGACAAGGUGCAAAAAGGGGGUGAAACAGUGAAUGGAUGUGUGUUGAUAUUAUUGGUUGCAUUUUGUUAUCGUUACCAUUUUCAAGUUAUAUCUUCAAGGAUUGGUGCUUGAGGGAUGAAGAGGUUGUGGCUGGCUUAAAAGAUGAUCAAGGCAAUGAAGUUGAUGAUGCAUCGCAAGGGAAGUUCUUGAUCCUUCCAUUGAAUGAAUUUUCUAGUAAUGAAGAAGUAAGAGAACAAGUCAAAGAUAAUGUGAGUAUUUUAUUAUUGUUUCAAUUUUUGUAGUAACAAGUCAAGUAGUAUUAUUACGUUAUGAAUUAGAGCACUCAUUUUACUUUUUAGAAUUGGCUUUAUAACUUUUGGAUUCGACAAUUUUAGUAUUGUAUUAUUUUAAGUAAUAUAGUAGGCAUGUACUUAUUGGAAUUGGCAUUAUAAUGCUUGGAUUUGAAAAUUUCAACAUUUUAUUAUUUAAGUAUUAGAGUAGGCAUUUUACUUGUACAAUUGCAUUAUAACGCUUGUAUUUGAAAAUUUCAGCACUGUUUCUUUCUCUUAGAUUUACAGUCAAUGGAAGAGGCUCGGUUGAUUUUAACUAGAAAUAUAAAUGUGGUUAUACGUGACCACGUGAAAAGGCUAUUUGCUAUUGAACCCAAAAAGAACUAAGUUGUUGAAGUUCUUGAUGAUAUUCUUAUCUCCCCUACAGAUAAGUUGUUUAAAGAUGUUGAUUGGUUACAAAAUGUGGACAAUUGGACUAGUGCAAUUUUUGAUAAAAAGCACUAAAUUCCUUGGUGGUUAACAUGAAGAGUUGAGAGAUGUUGCACAUGAAAUUAUUAAGGAUGUUAAGGUUAUUGAAACAUCUAGAAAGAGAUCAAAAAUUGGUGCGAGGUAAUUAAUUUGGUAAUGAAUGUGAGGGGUGUAGAAAGGAUAGAGAAGAAUACACUUAUUGCACCAGUUGCAAAAUAUGAUACUCUACCAUCAGCUUUAAAAGACAUCUGCAAACUGAGUCUUGGGUUCGCCAAACAAACAUACAGUUACAUAUGUCUCAUCUUUUAUGCUUAGUAACAGGAGGUUGCAGAUUAUUGCUUUUUUAGAGAAGACAUGGAUGAUUUGUAAGUUCUUCAUUUAAUGUGUAACGUACAUUUUAAACGAUUUUUAUUAAUUUAUUAUAUUUUGCAGGGAGGUUUUGUGUAGGUUUUCAAAUGAAUAUUUGGAGGUAAGGAGGAGUGAUAUUCAUACCUUGGAACCAUUUCAACCGAUGUCAACUUCGUUGUUGGAGUGUUGGGCUAAUUACAUCAAUGCUAUUAGAGCAAAACAAUUUAAAACACUUUCCAACCUUGUUAUUCGCCCAUUCAUGUUUGGCACUAACCAUUGUGUAAGUAAAUUAUAAAUUUAUCUUGCGAUAUAUGUUUAGAUUGUCAAAUAUUUAUUUUUCUAAAACAUUCAACUUUUUCAAUAAUUAAAUUAUUUUUCGGCGAAAUAAGAUGAUGCUAAGGAUCAACUUAGCGACAACAUCUUCCAGUGCUGGACAUUUUGGUUGAAAACUUUUUCCACAAAAUUGGACAUGAACAAUGUUACACUGGUAUGAAAUCAAUUUUUUAGUGUUGUUUGACUUAACGAAUGUA